CACCCCCUUCGUGGGCGCGGGACUGAAGCAGUUGGUUUGUUCCUCUCUGCCUGGGACUCUGCGAGUGCUAUGUGGAGCUCUUAUUUAGGUCGGUUACAGAAGACUAAGAGCAGCUUGCCCAAGGGCAUCCGGUGAACUGAGUGAGUGAGAGAGAGAGAGAGAGAGAGAGAGAUAAAGAGAGAGAGAGAGUUUCAGCCAGCCAGGAACUAGCACCACAUUCCACCCAAGUGAAAGGCAGACAAACAGCACUAAGAAUAUAGAAGAAGAAAGGAACAACAGGCGCAGAUCCUGAGAAGAGAAAUUCCAGCCUAGGCUUUGCCAUCUGCCCAGUGUGGUUUGUUGUCCUUCUUGUUGUUUUGAGAUAGGAAGCAGUUGUUAACUUCAGAGAGUCGUAGCGUAGGGAACGGGGACAAGGCAGUAUGUUCGACUGUAUGGAGCCUCUGGGGAUGGGACCCCGGCAGCUCUACGAUGUUACUAACCGUGGUGCGUGCAUGCUGAGGAAGGCGAGCCCCUUCUUUACAGGGCUAGAUCACUUCGCCUGGACGGGGACUACAGCCGUUCAGUCGGUGGAGACUCAGAGCACCAGUUCAGAGGAGAUGGUACCCAGUUCGCCGUCUCCACCCCCGCCACCUCGUGUUUACAAGCCGUGCUUCGUUUGCCAAGACAAGUCAUCAGGCUACCACUACGGCGUCAGCUCCUGUGAGGGCUGCAAGGGCUUCUUUCGGCGCAGCAUCCAGAAGAACAUGGUGUACACCUGUCACCGCGACAAGAACUGCCAGAUCAACAAGGUCACACGCAACCGCUGCCAGUACUGCCGCCUGCAGAAGUGCUUUGAGGUCGGCAUGUCCAAGGAAGCUGUGCGGAAUGACCGAAAUAAGAAGAAGAAGGACGUGAAGGAGGAAGUUUUGCCGGCUGAGAGCUACGAGCUGAGUGGUGAACUGGAAGAAUUGGUAAACAAAGUGAGCAAAGCACACCAAGAGACCUGCCCUUCAUUGUGCCAGCUGGGAAAAUACACCACGAACUCCAGCUCAGAUCACCGUGUUCAGUUGGAUCUUGGAUUGUGGGAUAAGUUCAGUGAACUUUCUACCAAGUGCAUUAUUAAGAUCGUGGAGUUUGCCAAGCGCCUUCCUGGCUUCACCUCCCUCUCCAUUGCUGACCAGAUCACCCUGCUCAAAUCAGCCUGUCUAGACAUUCUGAUGCUGCGGAUCUGCACGCGCUACACACCGGAGCAGGAUACAAUGACCUUCUCAGAUGGACUUACUUUAAACCGCACUCAGAUGCACAAUGCAGGAUUUGGUCCACUAACUGAUUUGGUCUUUGCCUUUGCUGGACAGCUGUUACCGCUGGAGAUGGACGACACAGAAACAGGCCUCCUCAGUGCCAUCUGUCUUAUCUGUGGAGACCGUAUGGAUCUAGAAGAGCCCCAGCGAGUAGAUCGUUUACAGGAGCCCUUGCUGGAGGCGCUGAAAAUCUACGCCCGUCGCCGCCGGCCCAACAAACCCCACAUGUUCCCACGGAUGCUGAUGAAGAUCACAGACCUGCGUGGCAUCAGCACCAAAGGAGCAGAGAGGGCAGUCACCCUGAAGAUGGAAAUCCCAGGCCCAAUGCCACCUCUGAUCCGGGAAAUGCUGGAGAAUCCAGAGGCGUUUGAAGAGCAGCCAGAGUGCAGCGAGAGCAAAACCGAGCCAGCUCCUCCUGCUCCUCCUCCUCCUCCUCCUCCUCCUCCAACAGUUCCCCCAUUCACCAUGAAGACAGAGCGUGAGGACGAGGACGAGAGCUGGGCCACCGAGAACGGAAGUGAGCCAUCACCAGAGGAGGAGGACGACGAAGACGAAGACGCCGAAGAGGAGAGGGGAACGGACAGUGACGGAGACGCCUGGCCAGGUCAGGAACCCAAUAUGGACAUGUCCAGAAAGAGCCAUGGUGGAAGGGCCCAAUGAUCCGGCUUCUUCUCUGUAAACACACACCCCACACCUCAUACCAAUACCUUCAUCCCUCUUUCCCCUCAGUUACCCUGCUCUAACAGCAAUCUGCCCCAUAGGGGUGAACUUAGAGCCUUAUAUCCCUACAGCCAACCCUAACUCAGGCCUCGUGGUCAGCAAUGAGACACACAUGCACAAUGUGUGAAGACUUGAGAUGGGCGGCUCUUCUCAGGAACUCUGCAAAAAGGGCAAGAGGGAAGACGCGAGACAAAACAAAGGACUGUACAGACAAAACAGUUACUUUUUUAUACUAUCAUGUUUGUAUUAAAGAUAAAGGAGCAGCCAUACAGAAAGACACAACAUAAAACAGUCAACAGUCGACGGGUUCAACAAAAAAACCCUGCAAGGUGAAACAAACAAACAGAAUCAGCUAAUAACUUUUGGGAUGCGUUUGAAUACCGUUUUGACUUCUUUUUUUCAGCCUCUUUACUUUUUAUGAAUAUGCCCAUACAUAUCUAUAUACCUUUAUAUUUUUGUCUUUGUAUACUAUUUCUUCAGUUAUACAUUGUUUGGAUAGCUUUCCUAAGGAGAGACAGAGAUGAUCUAUUCCUUAUUACCGGCAAAACGUCUACUGAGUCCCUACCCAGACGUUCGACUGGGUUCUCAAGCACUUGGCUCAUCGUAGACGACGUCAUUAAUCAGUUCGCUAGGUCGUUCUCUUCCUUGACUCCUGCUAGUUGAUCAAUGUAGGACCGGGACUGCUGAUAUGAGUUUUGUUUGCUUAAGCAGCAGUAUCUUCCUGCCAACUGAAGAGUGUUUUUGUGCCAAAGCAUGCAGUAUAUAAUGUGGCAAAGAGUUUUUCAGAUGUCAGCGAUCCCCUUUAAAAAGCCAAACUCACUUGGUCCGUAGAUAUGAGGCAGGUUUUAGAUGCUCACGAUAAAGAAUGAUCACCUCUUUAAUGUUCUUUUGAGACAUGGAUACCAGAAAAAUGCUUCUCAAAGAUUUUCAAGCACACAUGAAAAUACUCACGUUAACCCCACAUAUCGAAAGCACAUCCAGCCUGCCGACAGAACUCUUUCUAUAUAUGAAAAUAAAACGGAAACUCAGACUCAGGGCAUUUCGGUGAGGACCAAACGCCAGCUGCCUGCAGGCAUGCUGCAAAAAAAACAGCAAUAUUUAUGUGUGUGUAGUAUUGAAUAUGUUUGCUCAGUUUAGAUGUCCUACUUGGAAGUGGUGACAUCUACAGACCUUAGUAAAGCCAUUGUACAACUUUUAUAUGCUCUCUUUUAUUAUCAAAAUGAUGGUCUUUUUUUAUUAAUAUACUGCCAAAAAACAGCAUGCAAUUAGGUGACCGUGUGUAAUGUGCCACUUUUACAGUUAUGCAAUACAUAAACCAGUUGUGUGUGUUUGUCUCUGGGAAUGUGAGGUCUGUUGAGCUUAGAUUUGGAAUGAUGAAUGUCAUUUGUGUGGUGCUAAAACAUUGAGAAUGUGAACAUGCACCCACUCUUCAUUACACACACACACACACACACACAUCACCUGUCUCUUGUGAACACUCAUCUCUAUCCUGUUUACUCAGAAACAUACACACACACACAUGUCCUGGCACCUUGUGGAGUGUAGCACCUCCUGUAACACGUUGCUGUGUUGCAAACCAAAUGUUGAUAUUACGUUGUCUGUUUUUUUUUUUCCUGUUCAUUUUCAUGUCAUCAAUUUGGCUGAGGAAUUCUCAACUCCAAUUCAUGUUCAAGCAGCUCUGUUGUAUAAAGAAAAGCCAUAUAAACAUUCAGAGGCAAUAAAUGACUGAUUGCAA